AUGGGGCUGACUGAUGGACAAAUAUUGAUAUGGCCUUUUGACCUUCGAAAUCCAUCAAAUAUUUCUACACACCUUACGGUCCUACCAAGUCAACCUACUACUAGCCAAAGUACGGCUUUCAAAGAUUUCUCCUUAGGACUACUUCACGAUAGUCGUGCUACUUUUAUACUGGUUACAGAGGGACUCACCAAGGAAUAUCUCUUUGACGCCAACCCUCUUCUUUCAGCCGAAUUCCAGAUAAGUCUACGAUCAUUCAAGGUUAAGGCUCGCCUAUUUAUACGCGAUUACAAAGUACAAAAGAUCAUUCUAGUUAUCCCUGAUCUAGAACGUCUAUACGUUCAGGGCGACUGGAGAAGCUGUCAACGUUUCACACAUAAUCUCCGUAUGGCUGCUUUACUUAGCGGAGUUCAAGGUAAUAAGAAAUGGAAAUUAUUCGAGCACGGAGGUGCUCAUUCAAUGAUCCUUCAAGCAUGGGCCGCAAAGGAUAUAGAAUCGAUAAGCUUGAAUACGCUUGAUCAUUUCAUCGAACUCCAAGAUAUCGCCCCGGCAAAAUCACUAAUCGAGGCUUGUUUUUUAUUGAUGAUAUUUCUUCCGAAGAAUAAUCUCAAAGAAAUCGACUGUGAGGUAUUUCGAGUCAGAAAAUCUCGUUCACAAAAUACGAAAGCAAGAAAGUACACCGAGGACGUUGCUACCGCUAUACGACAACUCUUUGAGAAAAAGAUAAAUAUUCUAAUCAAGGAUGAUCCUGACGAGCCUGGCUUAUCAGACAGAGCAAAGACACAAAAUAAUGACCUUGUUAUUCGUCCAGCUAAUCGGGAUCUCGAUGGGACGAACGAUGGUCCCACUGAAACCGAUAUAGCUGAAAUCAUGCCAAUGCUGGAGCUGCCGAACAUGAAGCCCCAGGUGAACUGGGAGCGUGGGGACAUGCGGAACUGGGGGCGGCAGAGACGAGAGGUAGUCAAGAGUCUACUCACCGGCAAAGACAAGUUUGAAGUGAGGGCGAAAAAUGACGAAUUUCCGUAUAUUUCAUUACGUGGCUGGCGUGUCAGAAUCAGGGCAGAUUUUCCACUCCACAACAUCAAAUCCGUCUAUGCGAAGGCCGAUAUAUCAUCUCCUGACACACAGCAUGAACACACGUGCUUCGGAGCGCACCAACCACUCCUACAACGCCUUGCAUUCCAGUUUACGGUCAUAUCAACAACCGGCCAGUCUACACACUGGGCUCGGAAAUCCAUAGUCAGAACCCCGAACCUGGCGGUAGAGCUUCUUAAUGCACUACUUACACAGUAUAGUGAUAGCGAUAAGGAAGAGAUACGAGGUGAAGUACAUAUCUAG